AUGGCCCGGAUUCUUUGCGUCGCAGAGAAACCCUCGAUAGCAAAAGCCGUUGCAAAUCAUCUGGCCGGACGAGCUCGAGCUGAAGACGUGCGAGGAAUCCAGUGGGUCAAGAACUACAAAUUUGACUAUGAUUUCCCACGGUGGGGACGAUCAUCCGUGACGUUUACUUGUGUUGCGGGCCAUAUAUUGCAGCAGGAUUUUGGCGAGAGGUACCGCGCAUGGAAGUCCUGUCAGCCGCAGGAGCUGUUUGAAGCUCCUAUCGAGAUCUACGUUGCACCUGAUAAGAAGCCGGUUGCCGCCAACAUCGAGGCUCAGGCAAGAUAUGCGAAUGUCCUCUUCAUCUGGACCGAUUGUGAUCGAGAAGGUGAGCAUAUCGGUACCGAGGUUCGAGACAUUGCCCUCAAGGUCAACCCACGGCUCGAGGUGUGCAGAGCGCGAUUCAGUAACAUCGAGAGAGCCCACAUUAUACAAGCUGCCAGCAGUCCGGUUCCCCUAGACGACAGGCAAGCACAGGCAGUCGCAGCCCGUAUCGAGCUCGACCUUCGUCUGGGGGCAGCCUUCACUCGCAUGCAGACCUUGGCUCUCCAGUCCCUGCUACCUCACCAAGGUGAGCCGAACAAGGUCAUUAGUUACGGGUCGUGCCAGUUUCCUACUUUGGGCUUCGUCGUUGAUCGAUAUCUGCGUGUACGAAACUUCGUCCCUGAGCCGUUUUGGUACAUCAAGGUGGCGCACGAGAAAGAUGACAUCACUGUCCGAUUUACGUGGAAACGAGGGCACCUGUUCGACAGGCUGGCAGUUGUCAUCAUCUUCGAGAAGUGCCUCAUCGCCAAAACGGCCAAGGUCACUAAGAUGCUAAAGAAGCCAACGAAGAAGUGGAAACCUCUUCCCCUGACGACAGUGGAGCUCCAGAAGAUGGGCAGCAGGUUCCUCAGAAUGACCAGUCAGGAGGUCAUGACAACAGCAGAGCUGCUGUAUCAGAAGGGUUGGAUAAGCUACCCUCGUACCGAAACCGACCAGUUCGACAAGGGCAUGGACCUGAAGAAGCUGGUGGAGAAGCAGCAGCAAGACAGCCGUUGGGGGCCAUUCGCACAGAACCUCGUGAAUGGAGGCUUCAGCCAACCGCGUGAUGGCAGGAACAACGACAAGGCGCAUCCGCCCAUCCACCCCGUCAACUAUGUUGCUCCGCAUGCACUUGACGACAAUCGCCAACGCAAAGUGUACGAGUUCGUCGUGCGGCGCUUCCUGGCAUGCUGUUCCGAGGACGCUGUUGGAGAGGCGACCGACGUGGAGAUUGACUAUGGAGGCGAAGUCUUCUCUGCGCAUGGGCUGACGGUGAUUGCACGCAACUACCUUGAUGUCUAUCCCUAUGACAAGUGGGAGAGCAGCCAGAACCUACCCGUGUAUACAGUGGGUGAGACAUUUGAGCCUACCGAGGCUAUGAUGCACGAUGGGAAAACGACGGCACCGGGCUACCUCACGGAACCGGAGCUCAUUGGACUCAUGGACGCCAACGGGAUCGGGACGGACGCAACCAUGGCGGAGCACAUUGCAAAGAUCAAGGAGCGCGAGUACGUGGUAGCCAGGCCCAAAGGAGGAGGUGCUGCAGGCGACGGAGGUGGCAGAGGGGGAGGAGGGCAAGGACGAGGAGGGGCAAGAGGAGGGCGUGGAGGGCGAGGUGGUGCAGCAACGGGUAACGAUGGAGGAGGAAGAGGGGGAGGCACGGGCGGGGUGCAAGAGUUCAUCCCGACGACGCUUGGUGUUGCGUUGAUUGAGGGAUAUGACAACGUGGGGAUCGAGACGAGCCUCAGCAAGCCGUUCCUACGCAAAGAGAUGGAGGUUCAGAUGAAGGCAAUCUGCGAGGGGCGUAGCACACGCAACGACGUGGUGCAGCAGAAUCUGGAGCAAUACAGAGCCGUGUUUGUGCGCACGACGCAGCAAAUCAAUGUGCUCAAAGCAGUGAGUACUGUGAUUCCCACACUGCGGGGCAGCCCUCAUCGCAUCGUGGUUGUCGAUCGCUCAGCGGUACUCUAA